CAGCACCCUCCCUCCCACCUCCCACCUUCUUGGGUCACUCUGGAAGGAAGUUCAAAGUCGUAUCACGGCUGCCUCCUCUCUCUCUCUCUCUCUCUCUCUACUUUCUCUCUCUAAAUUCGAGAGAAUAACCAUUCCUCCAAGUUUCUGGCUAGAUCUGAGCUCGCAAGGCUGACGCCACAAUGAGUCGUUUCUCUUUCUACCAGAGAUUUUCUCGAGCUUUCAACGGCCAUCCUUCUCUCGCUAAUAUUCUGGUUGUCUUCUCAAUUAGUGGUGGAGGCCUUGUGGCUUACUCCGAGUCAAAAUCAUAUGAUGGUGUCAACAUUGUUAAUCCAUCUGAGGUUGAUAGCAAGAAAAAGAGGGUGGUGGUACUUGGCACUGGAUGGGCUGGAACAAGUUUCUUGAAGAGCCUGAAGAAUUCCUCAUAUGAUGUCGAGGUGAUAUCUCCUCGUAAUUAUUUUGCUUUCACACCUUUGUUACCAAGUGUUACAUGUGGCACAGUGGAAGCUCGCAGCAUUGUCGAACCCAUUCGCAACAUUGUCAGAAAGAAAGAUCUAGAUAUUUGUUACUGGGAAGCUGAAUGUUUUAAGAUUGAUGCCAAAAAUAAGAAAGUUUACUGUCGAUCUAAUCAAGGAAACAAUUUGAAUGGGAACGAAGAAUUUGUUGUAGACUAUGAUUACCUUGUAAUAGCCAUGGGAGCUCGCUCUAAUACAUUCAACACUCCUGGUGUGGAGGAAAAUUGCCAUUUCUUGAAGGAAGUAGAAGAUGCUCAGAAGAUCCGUAGGACUGUUAUCGACUGCUUUGAGAGGGCCAGCCUGCCUAACCUAAGCGAUGAAGAGAGGAAAAAAAUUCUUCAGUUUGUUGUUGUUGGCGGAGGUCCUACUGGUGUGGAGUUUUCAGCGGAGCUUCAUGAUUUUGUCAAUGAAGAUUUAGUCAAGUUAUAUCCUAAGGUCAAGGAUUUAGUAAAAAUAACACUUCUCGAGGCAGGAGAUCAUAUAUUGAACAUGUUUGACAAAAGAAUCACAGCAUUUGCGGAAGAAAAAUUUCAAAGAGAAGGUAUUGAUGUGAAAUUGGGGUCAAUGGUUGUCAAGGUAUCUGACAAAGAAAUUUCUACUAAAGAGAGAGGAAAUGGGGAAAUUUCUUCUAUGCCAUAUGGAAUGGUUGUCUGGUCAACUGGUAUUGGGACUCGUCCUGUUGUAAUGGAUUUUAUGAAGCAGAUUGGUCAGACCAAUAGACGUGCAAUAGCAACCGAUGAAUGGCUUCGAGUUGAGGGGUGCGAUAGCAUAUAUGCUCUUGGAGAUUGUGCAACAAUUAAUCAGCGCAAAGUCAUGGAAGAUAUUUCGGCAAUAUUUAGUAAAGCAGACAAGGACAAAUCGGGAACACUUACAGUUAAAGAAUUUCAAGAAGUUGUAGAUGACAUCUGUGAAAGAUACCCUCAAUUGGAGCUCUAUUUGAAGAAUAAGCAGAUGGGCAGUAUUGUAGAUCUGUUGAAGGAUUCCAAAGGAGACGUUGCAAAAGAAUCCAUUGAGUUGAAUAUCGAAGAAUUCAAAAAAGCUCUUUCACAAGUGGAUUCUCAGAUGAAGAAUCUUCCAGCAACAGCACAGGUUGCAACUCAGCAAGGUUCCUACCUUGCUAAUUGUUUUAACCGUAUGGAGGAGUGUGAGAAAAAUCCCGAAGGUCCUCUUCGGUUCAGGGGAGAAGGUCGCCAUCGUUUUCGUCCCUUCAGGUACAAACAUUUUGGACAAUUUGCUCCAUUGGGAGGUGAGCAAACAGCGGCACAACUUCCUGGGGAUUGGGUUUCGAUUGGUCGCAGCUCUCAGUGGCUUUGGUAUUCUGUGUAUGCAAGCAAGCUUGUCAGCUGGCGCACAAGGACCUUGGUGGUAUCGGAUUGGACCAAGCGCUUUGUUUUUGGGAGGGACUCGAGUAGCAUUUGAGGCAUCCACUAACAGGUUCUGAAUUAGUUUGGGGUGCGUUUUUUUUAAAACUACGAUUCACCAGUUAAUAGCUGAGGCAAAUUUUGUUUUCCUAGUUGAUUACUGUAAUAAUUCUUUAAUAACUUCAAGAAAAUACGCAUUGCCUUGGACAUGUUACCGGAACUAAGGGGAUGAGCUGGUCCCAAUUUUUGUAGCUAAAUUCACUUUUAGACUAUGCUUGGGUUAUAAAUGUGAAGAUUGCAGAUGGUUUUUUCGAAUAAUAAA